CUGACAUCGCUCUGUGUUGCCAAAGACCGGUUGUAUGUUGGAGGCGAGGCUGGCGCUGUUUGGGUUGUGAAUCUUCCGGAUUUGACGCUUUCACAUUUCCAUCACGAAAUCGACUGCAUCGAAACGCUGGCAUACUGCUCCGACUAUGUUAUCGUUAUAACGUCCUCUGGAAUGGAUGGCACCACGAUUCAUGCUCUUGACACUGAUGUUUAUAGUGCUUGUGUCAAUAGCACUAAUUUUGUCGUUCUCGGAAAUUUUGAUAAGCUACGCGCCAUCGAACUCGACGGCUUAAAAGAGCUUAUGAAUGAGAAUGUUGAGCACCAGUCAUUUGCCCUGGUUCCUGAUAACGAUGCUCUGGUCGUGGUGGACAGACAUCUGCUUGUCACUCUUUUCAGGAUCAAUUUCAACCAGUAG